AAUACACAAUACACAAUACACAAUACACAAUUCUCAAAUAACCACCGUCCUCACCUCCUCCCACCAAUCCUCUCUUUUCUCUAAUAAUAAUAACAUCAGCGAGCUUCUUGAUUUUAGAAGCUCUCUAACAAAAUGCCUUCUGCCACCGGAUCAAGUUGGGAGAAGUACAGGAAGAACUUCGCCGACGAUGAGAUAGAAGAGAAGAAGAUCACGCCCUUAUCAGACGAAGAUAUCCAAGUCCUCAAGACAUACGGAGCAGCGCCCUAUGCCACGGCCCUCAAAAACCUCGAGAAGCAGAUUAAGGAGAAACAACAAGCCGUGGACGAGAAGAUCGGAGUCAAGGAGUCCGAUACAGGCCUCGCGCCGCCACACCUGUGGGAUGUCGCCGCCGACCGUCAGCGUAUGUCAGAAGAACAACCGCUUCAGGUAGCGCGGUGUACCAAGAUCAUUGCCGACGAGAAGGACGAGACCAAGAGCAAGUACGUGAUCAACGUAAAACAAAUCGCCAAGUUCGUCGUCCAGCUCGGUGAGCGUGUAUCCCCCACCGAUAUCGAGGAAGGCAUGCGCGUCGGCGUCGACAGAAAUAAAUACCAGAUCCUGUUACCACUUCCCCCUAAGAUCGAUGCCAGCGUUACUAUGAUGACGGUUGAGGAGAAACCCGAUGUUACCUACGGCGAUGUCGGUGGCUGCAAAGAGCAGGUCGAGAAACUGCGGGAGGUCGUUGAGAUGCCGCUGCUGUCGCCCGAACGAUUCGUUAACUUAGGUAUCGAUCCCCCCAAAGGUGCUCUGCUAUACGGCCCCCCCGGUACCGGAAAGACUCUAUGCGCCCGAGCCGUCGCAAACAGAACAGACGCCACGUUCAUCCGAGUCAUCGGUAGUGAGUUAGUGCAGAAGUACGUUGGUGAGGGAGCCAGGAUGGUGCGAGAGCUAUUCGAGAUGGCCCGGACGAAGAAAGCUUGCAUCAUCUUCUUCGACGAAAUCGACGCUGUGGGCGGUGCUCGAUUCGACGACGGAGCCGGUGGAGACAACGAGGUACAGCGAACUAUGCUGGAGCUUAUCACACAACUAGACGGCUUCGACGCUCGCGGCAACAUCAAGGUCAUGUUUGCCACCAACAGACCCUCGACUCUAGAUCCCGCGCUCAUGCGGCCCGGCCGAAUCGAUCGAAAGAUCGAGUUCUCGCUGCCGGACCUCGAGGGCCGCGCCAACAUUCUGCGUAUCCACGCCAAGAGCAUGUCCGUCGAGCGGGAUAUCCGAUGGGAACUAAUCUCCCGUCUGUGCCCUAACGCCACGGGUGCCGAGCUCCGCAGCGUGUGCACCGAGGCGGGCAUGUUCGCUAUCCGCGCGAGGAGAAAGGUUGCGUCCGAGAAGGACUUCCUGAGCGCCGUCGAUAAGGUCAUCAAGGGCAACCUCAAGUUCAACUCGACCGCCACCUACAUGCAAUACAACUAGACGUACCCCUAGGGAGGAAAACGGGAGGAAAACGGGAGGAAGGAAGCGAGAUGUGUUGUUUGUAUGAAUAGUAGUUAGAUAAUGAACUACGGCCAACUAGCCAGCCAGUUAGGCCGGAAUUCCAUGUAGACUCAGCGGUAACUCCCAGCAUAGGUAAUACAGCCAGCUUCGCCCAUGUU